AUGCGUCUCCGUACACCUUUUGACCCGUCGACCAACAUUUUUGGCAUGCACAAAAUACUUAUCGUAUCAUCACCAAGCGUAGCUUCAAACCACUUUGUAAUGGACCUAUUGGCCGCUGGCUAUGGAAGUGACAGUGGCAAUGACGAGGACGCCACUCGCACAGAGGAACCUGUUCCGAAACCAGCAGCUCAUACGGCACCGCGUAAUGAACCAGCAGACGACUCAGGGGAUGACUCAGCGGAAAGCAGCGACGAAAGUUUGGACAGCGCGGAGCUGAGGGCGGCGCAAGCUGCCGCCCGACUGAGGGACUUCGGGGAGACCGCCACGUCGGGAAGGCAACGGCAACAGCAGCCACAACAACAUCCGCAGGCGACGACGGCGACCAGGUCCGCACUGCCCUCUGCACUGGAUGUCCUGGACCAGGUGGAGGGCCCGCCCACCUUCCUUGACCCCGAGGCAAUACGGCCGUUAGCCACGUCAGCGCUGCACGGCCUGUCGGACGAGCAAGCGGCCGCACUGGCGGGGGGCCCCGGCGGUCGCGGUGCGGGCAGUCGCGGGGAGCGGCAGCAGCCCGGCAAGGACUUCGACAUCUCCCGGCUGGCACCCCCCCUUAAGGGACAAUCCAAGCCCAGUGCUGACAAGCGGGAGGGGCCCCCCGGGGCGAUCAUAGAGGGGCGGGCCAAGAGGUACAAGGCGCAGGAGGAGGGCCCGGGGGGCACCCAGCAGUACACGGCGGCGCAGAUUGCCAUGAUGGGCGGCAAUGUGGACGGCAUGUCCCGGGCGGCCGGCGGCCCUACCAAGCCCAUGGAGGUGUCGGAGUUCCUGAACAAAGGCCUGGGUGCGGCGCAACUUCCUCGUCGCACUCAGGAUCGCAAGGACAAGGAGAAGCAGAAGCGCACGCGGGGGCAGAGCACACACUCGCACUGGAAGAGCGAGGCGGAGAUGGUGCUGCGACAGCAGUUCGAUUCGUGA